ACCCAAAUGGAAAAAAUUUCAUAAACCCUAAUUCAAAGUCCCUGCAACGUGUUGUUCAGGUAUCGAAGUUAUCAAUGGCGGAAGCGAUAGAAAAGCCAGCCAAAGAUACUGAACGCGAAGAAGUAGAAGAAGAAGAAGAGGAGCGAACCUUCGAAGAGCUUGGAUUGGAUGCUCGCCUUACCCGUGCUCUUAUCAAGAAGGGAAUCAGCAAACCAACCCCUAUUCAACGGGUCGCAAUUCCUCUCAUUUUGGAAGGUAAGGACGUGGUUGCUAGGGCAAAGACUGGUUCAGGGAAGACAUUCGCUUACCUUGUUCCAUUGCUUCAGAAGCUGUUUGCUGAUUUUGGUUCACGGAAUAAGCUUGCUCCCAGUGCAUUCGUUCUUGUGCCUACACGAGAACUCUGUCAGCAGGUUUAUACAGAAGUCUCAUCUCUCAUUGAAUUAUGUAGAGUUCAGUUGAAAGUUGUACAGUUGACGAGCAGCAUGCCUGCGUCUGAUUUGCGGACGGCAUUGGCGGGACCUCCUGAUAUUUUGAUUUCUACACCUGCUUGCCUCCCAAAAUGCUUUUCUGCUGGUGUGCUUCAACCAGCAUCCAUUAAUGAUUCGCUAGAGAUUCUUGUUCUUGACGAGGCAGAUCUUCUAUUGUCAUAUGGUUACGAAGAUGAUAUAAAAGCAUUUACAUCUCACAUUCCUAAACGUUGCCAAUGCCUUCUCAUGUCUGCUACCUCAAGUGCUGAUGUUGAGAAACUGAAGAAGCUGAUAUUGCACAAUCCUUUUAUUUUGACAUUGCCAGAAGUGGGAGAUAUUAAGGAUGAGGUUAUCCCAAAAAAUGUUCAACAAUUUUGGAUUUCUUGCAGUACUCGUGACAAAUUACUCCACAUUCUUUCCCUCUUGAAGUUGGAGUUGGUUCAAAAAAAAGUAAUCAUAUUUACUAAUACAAUUGAUAUGGGAUUUAGAUUGAGACUUUUUCUGGAAAAGUUCGGAAUUAAGUCUGCUGUUCUAAAUGCUGAGUUGCCGCAAAAUUCUCGUCUUCAUAUUCUUGAGGAAUUCAAUGCUGGGCUUUUUGAUUACUUGAUUGCAACUGAUGACAGUGAAACAAAAGAGAAGGAAGAAGCCAAUGAAGAGAAUAAUGUUAAGCUAAGAAAAUCUAGGAGGCAUGCCAAGCAAAAAUUAGACUCUGAAUUUGGAGUGGUGCGGGGAAUUGACUUUAAAAAUGUACACACGGUUAUCAAUUUUGAAAUGCCACGAAGUGCUGGAGGAUAUGUGCAUCGUAUUGGUCGUACAGGAAGAGCAUACAAUACUGGUGCUUCUAUCUCAAUUGUUUCUCCAGAUGAGAUGGAAAUAUUUGAAGAAAUAAAAUCGUUUUUAGGGAAUGAUGAAAACGACGCCUCCAGCUUGAUAACUCCUUUUCCUUUACUGACUAAGAAUGCAGUGGAGUCUUUACGAUAUAGAGCUGAGGAUAUUGCGAAGAGUGUCACUAAAGUUGCUGUCCGAGAAGCUCGAGCUCAGGAUUUGAGGAAUGAAAUUCUCAAUUCUGAAAAAUUGAAGGCUCAUUUCGAAGUUAAUCCGAAGGAUUUAGAUUUGUUGAAGCACGACAAGGUUCUGAGCAAGAAGCCCCUCGCUCCUCACCUACGUAAUGUGCCUGAUUACCUCAUGGAUCCAAAAACUCAAGAAGCCAGCAAGAUUGUGAAGCUUGCUAGGGCAGCAAUGGGAAAUACACAACCUGCACGCCGCCAUAGAUCCAAUAAAAAUUUCAGAAAAAGUAGAGAUCCUCUCAAGACUUUCACUGCUGAGGGAUCUGGAAAAGGUCGUAGAGGUGGGAUGAAGAGAGGAAACCACAGCGAGAACACAGAGAAACCUAAAAGGAAAAAAUCAAUUUGAUUUACUAUUCAUCUGCAAAUGCUGUGUAAACUGGGGUUUUAAUUGUCCCCUUCAUUUUUGUAGCAAAUUAUAGUAAUAUAUAUCUUUUAUAUUUUUCCAA